AUUCAUUGGUUAUCUCAUGGUUAUCUCUGCAGUGGGAGGUUUGGUUAUGUUCAUGUUCAUGUCAUGUUUUCAUUGCCAAAUAAGCAAAAAAAGCCAGAAAAAAGUAAAUAAACAAUGAAGAUUUAACUAAGAAAUUUAAAUGUACCUAAGUAAGAAAAAAUAAUUAUAAAGCUCAUCUUCAAGUAUGCAUACAUUAUUUAUGCCAUAAGAAUGUUUUGGUUGAUAAACAUUUAUAUAUUGUAUAUUUAUAUUAAUUACGUAAAUGCAUUAGAUAGGCAAAUUCACACUAAAAAUUUCAAUAACAGUUCAGAAUUGCAGUCGAAAGUUGAGAAUCAUAAUCCAGAACUGCAUAUUGACUUAACUAAACUCAAACAAAAAGGAAAUGAACAGCCAACAAUUAAUUCUACAAAUAUUCUUUCGGCAAAUAAUACUAUUAUUUCAAAUAAAACUAAUCAAAUCACCAAUCCUAUAAUAAAUCAAAUAAAUGAUGAUGAUGUUGAAACAGGUGCUGUAUCUAGGGCAAUAUUAGUUUUUGUUGCAAUAAGUAUCAUAUUUAUUUUGUAUGUGGCAUUUAAAACUUACAGGAGAAAAAAUGUAGAUAAGAGGAGGGUAUUAGUAACCAAAUAUGGGGUACGUGCAAGAAGAAGUGAUGUGGAAAUGGUACCUUUGCCAUUAUCAGACGAGGAUGAAGAUGAGACAGUGUUUGAUCUAACAGCUAACAGAAGCAUAAAUUAAAAUAUCUAAUAGGUAUAUCUAUUAGAGCUAUUUAAAUCAACAAAAUUUAACUAAAGUGCCUUAAUGAAUAGAUGUUAUUGAGAAUUUUAGAUUUUUAUGAAGUGACAACUAUUAUGUUUGAAAAUUCCCAAGAUACUGUGUUAUUAAUUUAACAAUAUCUAUUAAUAUGUAUGCAGUUUUGUUCUAUUGUUUAUUAAUUAAAUCUGGAUUAUAUUUGUGGCACUGAAAAAUGUUUAAUGUUGAUCUUCACAAAACUAAUAAGUACAUUUACCCCCUACUUAAAUAAAAUAAAAUAUUUAACAAUUAUUAUUUACUACAAUGGGAAUAAUCUAUCUUUAAUUUAUACUAAGUAAAUAAAAAAAUGUACUUAAAUAUAAAUAUUUUAUGACAAAUUA